AUGACUUCACUGUCGGGGACCAAGGAGAGGUCUGUGAGCAGCCGGAAUAGAAAAUAUGGGAUGCCUGACACUUCACCGACCAAAUCUGCCUCCUUUUUCCCCGACACAUGGUACCGAAAGGCCUACGAGGAACCCACCCGGUCCAGCACACACCCCACCCCGGAGGGUGCUGGCUCCAUGCCAAGCUCCACAGGCACUCCAUCCCCAGGCUCAGGAAUCUCUUCUCCAGGGUCCUUCUCUGGCUCACCGGGGACCAUCUCUCCGGGGAUUGGAACAGGAUCGCCUGGUUCUCUUGGUGGCUCCCCAGGUUUCGGUACUGGAUCACCAGCCUCAGGCAGUGGAAGUUCCCCUGGCAGUGAAAGAGGGAUAUGGUGUGAGAACUGCAAUGCCAGGCUGACAGAGCUGAAAAGACAAGCGCUGAAACUGCUCAUCCCUGGACCUUACUCCAGCAAGGAUCCCUCCUUCUCUCUCCUCCUCCAUGAUAAGCUCCAGGUGCCUAACAGUUCACGACGGGCGUGGAAUGAGCGUGACAGUCGCUGUGAUGUCUGCGCCACUCACCUCACUCAGCUCAAACAGGAAGCUGUGCGCAUGGUCCUCACUCUUGACCAGUGGGAUUUGUCCCCCACCUCUUCCCCCCCUGCUCUGAUUGGAAGAUAUGGAUCUCAAGGACCUCCAGGUCCACUGGGAGCAGUACCAGGAGGUCCUGGAUCACGGGACUGGCCUCCUCCUUUUCUCCCUUCCUCUUCCUCCUCAGCCACAGCUGCCACUUCACAUCUCCCUCACCAAUCGUCCCAGUCACCUUCCCCAAGCCCAAGCCAGACCCCAACGCCCAGCCCGAGCCACGGACCAUCCAACCCCACCCAUGGGAGUCCCUCAUUGGGGCAAACAUCCAGCUCUGCUCCCACAAACCCACAACCUCAAGGUCAAGGGCACAGACUGGGGUCCAAGCCCAGUUCCCUGGGGCUUGGAGGUGGGGUGGAGAGAAGGAAUGGGUCUCCCAGUUCAGGAAAAGCAGCUGGUGCCCAACAGCAACCAGUGACUGGAGUAAACAGCCCCAGCAGUAACAGUGGUAACAGCAGUAAUAACGGGAGUGGAGCAGUACUGAGUACAGCAGCUCUACAGGCACAUCAGCACAUGAACCGAACUAAUGGAGGAGUUACACUCUAUCCGUACCAGAUCUCCCAGAUGAUCUCUGAGGCCUCCAGGGAAGGACUGACUGAAGCUGCCCUGAACCGUUACAACACACACUCUCCAUCACACACAAAUUCACCAUCGCACACAAACUCUCCCUCUCACACGCCAGCUGUAACCACCACGGCACCGACCGCCACCUCCGCCGCUGCCUCUUUCUUUGCCAGAGCUGCACAAAAGUUGAACUUAGCAUCCAAGAAGAAGAAGCAGAAGACCGCCGCCGUCACAGCCCCGGUCACAUCAUCAUCACCGUCAUGUGAUCCCCCUCUGUUUCCCACUAAUUUCAGCUCCGCCCUGUUGAUGGCCCCUCCCCCGGCUCCACCCUGCCUUCUCCGCGCAGCCAAUAAGAUAAAAGAUACCCCUGGGCUCGGGAAGGUGAAGGUGAUGGUGCGUGUGUGCCCAGUGUCGCAGUCAGAUGCAGCCGAGUCCAGCUCCUUCCUUAAAGUGGAUCCCAGGAAGAAACAGAUCACCAUCAUGGACCCUUCAGCCAAUCAGACACCAAGCGCUGUUUCCCAGAAAAGGGCGGGAGCCAAUCAGGUCCCUCCGAAGAUGUUCACAUUUGAUGCUGCGUUCCCUCCUGAUGCAUCACAGGCGGAGGUGUGUGCGGGAACGGUUGCCGAGGUGAUUCAGUCGGUGGUGAAUGGAGCAGAUGGCUGUGUCUUCUGCUUUGGACACUCCAAGCUGGGUAAAUCCUACACAAUGAUCGGCCGCGAUGACUCUCUUCAGACUCUGGGUAUAAUCCCCUGUGCCAUCUCCUGGUUGUUUAAACUCAUCAAUGAGAGAAAGGAGAAAACCGGAGCACGCUUCUCUGUUCGUGUCUCUGCAGUCGAGGUCUGGGGAAAAGAGGAAAACCUUAAGGACUUGCUGUCUGAAGUGGCUACAGGCAGCUUACAGGAUGGACAGUCACCUGGAGUGUAUCUAUGUGAGGACCCCAUCUGUGGCAUGCAGCUCCAGAACCAAUCUGAACUGCGUGCUCCAACUCCUGAGAAGGCAGCCUGGUUUCUCGAUGCAGCCAUAGCAGCUCGCCACAGCAGCCAACGCCCCAACACCACCGAAGAAGAACAUAGGAACUCACACAUGCUGUUUACAUUACACAUAUACCAGUAUCGCAUGGAAAAGACAGGAAAAGGAGGGAUGUCUGGAGGUCGCAGUCGCCUCCAUCUGCUGGACCUGGGCAGCUGUGAUGUCAAAGUACUUGGGGGAGGAGGAGGUGGGAAGAGCAGGGAGAACUCUUCACCCAGCUCGGCCCCGCUGUGCCUUUCUUUAUCUGCCCUCGGCAAUGUGAUCCUGGCCCUGGUCAACGGAAGCAAACACAUCCCAUACAAGGACAGCAAGCUGACCAUGUUGCUAAGAGAGUCGCUAGGCAACAUGAACUGCCGGACCACCAUGAUUGCUCACAUCUCUGCCUCACCCAGAGAUUUCUCAGAAACCCUUUCCACCAUCCAGAUUGCUUCCCGCGUCCUCCGCAUGAAAAAGAAGAAAACUAAAGUCACUGUGCAAUACACCUCCAGCUCCUCUGGAGGAGAGAGCUCCUGCGAAGAGGGCCGUAUGCGUCGUCCGACCCAUCUGCGUCCUUUCCAUCACCGUGGUGACACCGACUCUGACCUUCCAUUGCUGCGACUGUCCAGCGACCCUGACGAGUAUUCGAGCAGCGAGCAGUCAUGUGACACAGUGAUCUACGUAGGCCCGAAUGGGGCUGCGGUGUCAGAUAGAGAGCUGACAGACAACGAGGGACCACCGGAAUUCGUACCAAUUAUUCCUGCUUUGCUUCGAGGAAAAACGUCAGAGCAGCAUCAAACACAAAGUCAGAGUCAGGCAGCUGGAACCCAGAACAAGUCACAGCAAGAGGACCAGCCCAGUGGCCCCUCUCAGCCCCUGCCCCAGCCCUCUCAGUCACUACUUGGGCAGCCGUUGGCCCCCGUCCCAGAGGAAGGAGCUGAGUGUCUCAAGUGCAACACCUUUGCUGAGCUGCAGGAGAGACUCGACUGCAUUGAUGGAAGCGAGGAGGUGGCAAAAUUCCCCUUUGAGGAGGUUCCAGCAAGCAAACAAGGUGCCAAACAAGAGCCAUGUCCAUCUUUAGUUGCCCAAGCCUCAGGUCCUGCUGCUCCUGGUUCUGCUGCUCUGUUGGAUACAGAAGCCAAAACAGGCUCUGCAUGUAUUGUAGGAGGUGCUGGUCAGGUCUCUUUCUCCUCAGCAGCAGCAGCAGCAGCAGCAGCAGCAGCCUCCAGGAGGAGGACCAAUGACCAGCAGCUGCAGGAGAUCAAGGAGGUGGUGGAGGAGGCAGAGUUGGCCCAGACAAUGAUCCACAGUCUGGCUCAGACUUCUGGUUCCUCUAUAGUUACUAGUACUAGGAGUGUAACAGGAAGCAGCAGCAUCACCUCUAACCCACUGCACAGAGUUAAGGGUUCCCGCCUACAUGAUAGCUGUGAGAGCCUGAAUGUGGGCAGUAAUGCUGAGGGGAAGGCUCGUCCACUGGGAUCACCACGCCUCGGCAUCGCCAGCCUGACCAAAACCUCAGACUACAGGCCUCCAUCCUCCCCAUCCCAGCGGUGUAAAGUGUACACCCAGAAGGGCGUGAUGCCUGCGACGCCCCCUCUGUCCUCACACACUCUGGCUCAAGAUGGCCAGGCCACUGACGCUUUGACCUCUGACAACAGUUUGGCUGCAGACAGUGGCCGUUCCUCUACAGAGUCCCUGCUGUCCAGGACUUCUCCUGUGGGCAUGAGCCCACAAGUCCGAGAGCCAACUCCGUCUUUGUCUGCCAGCCUGGGCUCAGCUGAGACACUCUGUGAUGAUGACGUCCCACCAAUACCCAUGGACACGCACAGGGAUGCCUCACGACCAGCAGUAUCUGUAGGAAUGGUUGGACCUCACUCACUUGGGGAGGAUGAACUGGUGUACACUGUAGCUUCUGGAGCUGAGGAGGACCUUGACAUUGCAGCUCUCAUGGAGACUCAGGGCCUGACCUGUCAUCCGACAAGCAUCAUCAGCUUCAAUAGCGAAUGCGGCACUGUCACCGCCCUCCCUUCAGGCUCUCAACCCAUUAGCAUCAUCAGCGGUACUGCUGAGGAUGCAGCUGUGGAGGGUUAUCACAUGCCUGCAGGUCCGGGAGCAACCUCAGGGGUUACAGAGGUUGUUGCCAUGGCAGAGGUGGCAAUGGCCAAACUGCGGAUAGAAGGUGAAGCUUUUGCGACAGUGAUGUCUAACUGUGGUUCACCCAUCUCCUCUUGGAUGAGUGAUCUGAGCAUGGGCAGUGAAGCUGACCAGUCUCUCCACAGCUUCAGCCAGUCCCAGAGCCAGCAAGGGGAGGCCCUAGCUGAUCCUGAACCCAACCAGAGCUUUGGAGUCGAGGGGCUGGGAGGUUAUGAAAGCUGUGGCAGCCUGAGAAGAGGGAGUCUGGAAGGAGAGGUGGUGCUGCAAGACAAUGGGAGUGAUAAAGGAACUCCAACCAAAGACAGGCUGAGGAAACUGCCUCCCUCCAUGGCUAAAACUAACAUUCAGAUUCUGGCAGGACCUUGUAACCUCUCCCCUUUCAAGACUACAAUAAGUGCCCACCCAUGUGUGCCAAUCAAACCCAUGGUGAUCCAGGAACCAACCAUCCUCUCGUCACCUACCAAGUCUAGCUUAAUGAAAGACACAGGCAAAUUUAAUGCACCACUUUUAGCCUCUAUUUCCAGUGAGAUGAGCUUUGAAGACCCCUGGUUGAAGCGUGGCAUGGAGGAGGGGAAGUCCAGGGAGCUUGUGUGUGAAGCAAAGCCAGAGAAAAGGGAGGCAGACCAUUCAAAGAGUCAGGCUGGUGUGGAUCAUGGCAGCUCUAGUUCAGGUGGUGAGGUUGUAUCCUCUCCAGAUUCCUUUAAGAGAGUGGUGGAUGGCUGUGAGAUGGUCACUGUUAUUGCCCAGGGAGAGUGCCUGAUGAGUAUGUACAGCCCAGAUAUCCACCGUACUGCCAGUCUUCCCCGCGGCUGGCACCGUCUCAACCGACAUGAUGGCUUAGAUAAUGGAACUGAGUACCGUAAUCUUGGCGUCACCACUUCAACUCCCUGCAGUCCCCGUGCUACACUUGACCGUCGGGGAUCAACUGGAAAACAGGGUUUUUUCUCCCACAAAAAGGGGGGGAUCCCACCUCUGCCACCAGUGCGUAAGUCAAGCCUUGAUCAGCGCAACAGGGCAGCCAGUCCUCUCCACCAACCCAGUCAUGAAGUCUCACUGAUGGGCAGCUCAGCAGAGGAUACAGGGAUAUCUGGAUGUGGCCUCACUGGUGUCACCAGACAACGAGGCUCCAGCAUAGACAGCAGUAGACUUUUCAGUGCCAAGUUGGAACAGCUUGCAAACAGAACCAACUCUCUGGGUCGGGUGCACAGCUCCCAUAGUGGUUCUCACCACUACGACUGCUUUUCCCUGGAGAGGGGCGAGAGUUUAAGAGGGGGAGGAGGAGGAGUGAGGGGGGACAGCACCAUGCCUCGCACUGGGCGCAGUCUCAUCCGUGCUGGCUCAGUAUCCUCUACUUCAAACACAACCAGCUCCAGUUUCAGUGGCAGUACCGGUCCGAGCAGCGCCCCACAGUCACCAGCCAAAGCCAGUGGCCAGUCAAAGAUCUCAGCUGUCAGUAAGCUGCUGAUGACCAGUAGUCCCAAAGCCAGGAGUCUGUCGGCCUCCAGCACCAAGACUCUGAGCUUCUCUACCAAGUCUUUAAGCCAAACAGCCAACCGCAGCUCCAGCCUUCCUCCUAAUGGAAAACCUCAGAGCUCAGUCCAGGGCCCUCUGCAGCAGCAGGGGCCUUCCCCGGGAUCCUGGUCUACCCAGUCUCUGAGCCGCAGUCGGGGGGGAAGCUUGGCAGCCAAGCUGCCUCUCCGGGCUGUCAACGGUCGAAUCUCAGAGCUCCUCCAGGGAAGUGCAGGCUCCCGUUCCAGGAGUCAUGCCCAGGGACCAGGCACAGAUCCUGGGGAGGAAAGAGGGGUUGGAGGGGCAAGUGGAGGGGGAAGUGGUGGUAGUGGUGGUGGUGGAGGUGGCCUGGGAGAGGAGAGAGCAGCAGUGGUCCAAACAUUGCCCUCUCCUUACAGCAAGAUCACAGCUCCCCGAAAACCACACAGAUGCAGCAGUGGCCAUGCCAGUGACAACAGCAGUGUACUGAGUGGCGAGCUCCCCCCGGCCAUGGGGAAGACAGCCUUGUUUUACCACAGCGGAGGCAGCAGUGGCUAUGAGAGCAUGCUGAGAGACAGCAGCGAGAACACGGGAAGCACCUCCUCUGCUCAGGACUCCCUCAGUGAACACAGCACAGCUACCAACUCCUCCAGACGGAGCUCCAAGAGCAGCAAGAAGAGCAGGAGCAGCACAGGCCUCCAACGUCGCCGUCUGAUCCCAGCACUGACCUUGGACUCUUCCUCCUCCUCGCCCUCUCAUCGCUCCUCCAAACAGGCCAUCACUUCCUCUUCUUCGUCCUCCUCCAGCCCAGGUGCCUGCUGGGUAGAUGGCCCACUGGGACCCCCAGCUCCCUCAAACCUCAGAGGCACGACCGCAACGACAGAAACCUUUGAGAUCAAGGUGUACGAGAUAGAUGAUGUCGAGCGACUGCAGAAGAGGAGGGACAAGGGAGGGAGCAAGGAGGUGGUGUACAUCAGUGCCAAGCUUCGUCUGUUGGAGCACCGCCAGCAGCGAAUCAGUGAAGUCAGAGCCAAGUACCAGUGUCUGAAGAAAGAACUGGAACAAACCAAACAGUACCUGAUGCUGGAGCCACACAAAUGGACCACUGAGUUUGAGCUUCAGCAGGUCUACGAAGUGGACUCACUGGAGUAUUUGGAAGCUCUGGAGACAGUGACGGACAAACUGGAGACCAGAGUCAACUUCUGCAAAGCCCAUCUCAUGAUGAUCACCUGCUUCGACGUGUCGUCAAGACAUCGAUAGACAGAGGGAGAGAAGGAAAGAGGGGGGCGGAGGGGUAGACACAGAGCUGGACUCUAUUGUUGAUUAAUCAAACACAUUUAGAAAAUAUCUCCUAAAUAAAUACAUCUCAUUGGAUGACUGGAUAGAUGGAAGGAGGGAUACAGGGAUGGACUGUCCACCUACUUCAUUGAGUCUGUCAUCCUUAUAUCUCCAGGUGUAAGUUGGCUGAAGGACAGAUGGAUGGAGAGAUGGAGGGAUGAAAGGAAUGGAGAUAUCUAACAGGCCAACAGACAGAUGAGCUUGUAGAUUUUUGCAGUGGGGCUUGUAAACAACCUCAGAAACAGCAUCUAAUGGACAAGCUACUUAGAAUCCAAUACAUAUGGCUGCCCAAAAAGGGGCAGACAGAUGGUUCAGCGUCUGAAGAGAAACAUCAGAGGUGAGCGAGUGACCACAUUUUUCCAGAGAACCGAAAUAAUUGGAUCGCUGAGAAACCUCUUAGGCUCAGUCGAACAUUUAGGAAUGUAUGGAGAGGAACGGAGAAGAGAGAGGGACAAAAACUGCCAUUCUUUUUUUUAAACAGAGAAGGAUGAAGGGGAAGUGAAGGAGAAGAGAAGAAAAAAAUUCUCAUGUCCCAUCAUUUUGGAAAAGCACUUUUUAGAGUACACGCAGUUGAGAGCCUUUGACUGUAAAUACAGAGUGCUCACUACAGAAUGGCCUGGUAUUGUUGUGCAGUUGAGACUGACCAAGAGAAAGCCAGUAGGACAAAGAAAAUGAUUUAGAUAAGUGCCUUGCGAACAUUUCAACAAUACCAAGACCAAUUCUCUUUCUCUCUCAAUAUGUGUACAUGCAGUAAGUAUGGUGCUAGCAUAGAAAAAACAAAACAAAAAAACAAAACACAAAGAUCAGUGUCCUUGGAAAAUCUUUGAAUUUAUAGCCAUUAUUAAAUGUAAUGUUUUACUGUGGGUCAGUGUUUCACUAUAUUAUGAGAAUACUAAUAUGUAUGUUUGAAUUGUAUUUGGUACACUGAUGAGAGAUGAGACUAAAUUUAAGAUGUUUAGAUCCCUAACCACAAAAACUUAAAAGAAGACCUACAGGAUGUGAAGACCAACACCCAGUUCUUUUUAAAACAACAAAUCUGUUGCAAGGACCAAAAAAUGUAUUUAAAAAAACAUACAUAAUUUUUCCGGGACACAGAGUAAUGUGUGUUUAAACACAGAAAAAAAAAAACACUAAAUGCGAGGGUUUUUGUGGUGUUGUUUUUUAACCAUUGUCUUCACUCGCAAACAGAGCACAUUUGAAUUUUGACCCUCUGGGGCAUACGUACCAUAUAUUCUCCCUGAUACAGUUGUGAUGGCUUUUUCAUGUUCACAAAGCAAUGAAGCGUCUGAGUCACGUGUCACGAGUGGAAAUGAAAAUGCUUUUCUCUGAUCCAGUGUUAAGUACAUCCAUAGACUGUCUGACUGACAGGCGGACUGUCUGUUAUUUGUAUCUGUGUUGUUCUGCUCUAUCCUAAAAGAAACUGAAUGAUUCGUCAAUGUGUGUGUUUUAUAAUAAGGUAUCCUUUUUUAUUUGAGUGUAAUGGGACCAUGUAGAGACUAUGUAUGAUAGCAGGAUCAUGGAAAUAGGUAUAAAGAGAUGUUUAAGAGUAAAUUAUGAGGAAGACGCAGGUACAGGAAAAGCCCAUUGAUAUACAGUGUUAAAAUUUAAUUUCUUUAAGGCCUAUAUUAUUGGAACAAAGUAGUGAAAUUAGUAGUUCCUUUGGACUACAAUUAUUGGUACAAAUCGCCUACUUAAAUAGCUCUUGUGCUGUGUCAAGACAUUAUAAAUGAACAACUAUAAAAAUAUAUAAAGGAAUGAAACUAACGAAGGAAAAGGACGAUGACCAAAUUAAGAGGCAUAGAUCUCUGCCUGGUUCCAUUUUUUUUUUGGACGGAUAGCAACACUUAAAAUUUGUUAAUAUUAUUAUCUAUGGUGCUUGAGAUGUUUAUGAUCUAAAUGUUUGUACAAAUAUAAAUAUAUGAAAGAGCCUGUUUCCCUCUGAAAUACAGAACAAUACCCUUCGAAUGCUUCUUCUACAUCGCUGUCUAUUGUUGUCAACAUCCUCCACCCUCUCCUCUGAAUGCCCUUUGCCUGCGAAGCAGAGAGCAUUCUGGGAGAUCCUGUUUGUAGUCUGAGAGGUAAAAGAAGGAACAGACUUCACAGGAGAGGAAAUGCUGUGAUGUUGGUAUGAUUUGUCAAAAAGCUUGGAGCUAAAUUUAUCUUUAUUCUAACAGAACAAGCUCAGUUUUUAUCUUUUACUCCUGUGAUGUCUCCACUCCUUUCCUUUUUUUUAUCUCCCAGUUCUCUGUGCAAGUCAUGAAUGAAGUUUUAUUUAUUUGAGCUCAGGAGAGCAAGAGUCACUUAUUAACGUUCUUAUUUAUUUACACCUUAUGAUCUUAAAAAGUUACUAUGCAUUUAAGAAAAAGAAAAAUAACUGUACAUACUUUGCUGAGCCCAUGUCAUAUAUAAAUAUAUAUACUGUACACAUAGCAUAUAUGCGCUCAUCUUUAUUUUAUAUAUUUUCAGUUGAUUUCAUUUGCUCCUGCUGUUCCUGUUGGGGUUUUUAAUGGGUUUGGGUUUCCUAAAACUUCCACUUCCAGAGUAGUUAUGUGAUUCCAGCACAACAGGAAUUUCGGUCGACUAAAUAUUGAGCACAACUUCAAAAUUGAUGGCUAAUUUUUUCAUAUGUGAAAAAAGAGAAUGUUUUAGCAUGAAAACAGCUGUGUUGUUUUAAGUGAAAUGCCAGUAUGUUCUACAGUAUUAACUACAGCCUUGUGUAAUUAGCAACGGAUGUUUUGGGAACCCCAACCCUCUGGUAGAACUAAAUGGCCUGUUUCCCGUUUAAAAUGCUAUGUGUGAGGUUUCUUUCUCGAUGUGUCACUGCCAAAUGUACCAUGGUAGCGCUUUAUAAUUCUAGCAAUAACUGAGAAAAACAACUUUGGUUUUGGUGGACUUUUCAGGAAUAGGGGUUCCUUUUUCAUCAGAGGCAACCACGCUAAAAAGCGAGGUGUUCAAAAACCUGUUAUGUCAGGUUUCAGAACAAAAAAAACAAAAACAAAACAAUAGCAUACAGUCAGUAAUGAACAAAAUGAUGUAUGUGCUGUUACAUAUUUUUCAGGAGCGUUCAAGAAUUAUAAUGUGUUAUCUGGAAAUCUGACACAUGGCAUCUUUUAUAGUGUAUUGUGUGUUAAAGUCUGGGUCAGACCACAUUUUCCAAAAAACAGAUUUGAUCGGUAGCAGGUUCAGGGUCAGUUGUUGGAAUUUUUCUAAAGAAACCAGUUUGUUCAUGUCUGCUCAAAGUGCCAAUCUCCCCAGUUUACAACACAUGGUCAGUGCAAGUGAGUGAAUAUGAGGUGCAAGCUUCUCACUGGGUGUGCGUUGUUUCCAUGAUUCAAGACUGCGAUCAUACUGUCCUCUGCAGAUUCACUGUUUUUGACAAAUGCGGUCUGACACUUUGUGUUUAUGGAAGAGCAAGAUGGAGGGA